UAACUAAGCACCUCUUGACUCCCGUGCUUCCUGCCGGAGUCUCCGUUGAUAAACCACCAAGCCAUUGAUGGCCAGGCGAUGGCUCACGUCGGACGCGAGCGCGCCCCCUCCGUCGCAGCAUUCUGGGUGGGACGUGAACCGGUCGGCCGUGAAGGUUGCCAUCGUCGGCAACGUGGUCGUCGUGCUGCUCUUCUUCGUCGCCAUCGUCUGGCGCCUCUUCUUCUCGGGGAGAGCUCAAGAAGGCGCCGGCGGCGGUGGGGCGGUCAUUGCGCCCUCCUCCGGGGAGAGCUCGCCGUGCGCGUCGCCUCGGGCUAAAGGGCUCAGGAAGGAGGACCUCAUGUCGCUGCCGGUGUACGUCCACCGCGCCUCGGCGGAGGACGGCGGCAAGGUGGAGUGCGCGGUGUGCAUCUGCGAGCUCAGAGACGGCGACACCGGCCGGCGGCUGCCGAGGUGCGGGCACCGCUUCCACGCCGAGUGUGUCGACAGGUGGUUCCGCUCGCACGCUACGUGUCCACUCUGCCGCGCUCUUGUGGCGGACGGCGGCUGAUCCGGUGAGGUCGACCCUGAUCGGUGAUCCAUAAGCACUAGUGAUUUUCUUGUUCAUGUUAACCUUUUGACGAAACCAAUGUCGUUCGCUAUACCACUUCCCUAUUGACGUGUAUCCACAAGCACAUGCUCGACAUUCAGGGUGCAGAUUCUCAAAAAGAAAGAAAGACAUUCAGGGUUCAGGCCCAUCCCAAUACAUGAAGGGCCAGUUCUUUUCGCGCAAGAUUUUAUAAAAUUAAAAUUCUGAAAAACUUCCCACAGAAUCUGCUUCUCACAGAAACUGUCAUUCAACUUUUUUCUGAGAUAGCAGAUUGUGGUACGAGUUUUUUGUCACUGAAACUGUUUGCUAUACUACUUCCUUAUUGAUGUGUACCCACAAGCUCAUGUUCGACAUUCAGGGUUCAGAUUCUAAAAAGAAAGAUUCAGGGUUCAGGCCUUUCUCCACACGUCAAAUACUUUCUCUGUUUCAAAAUAUAAUGCAUAUUUUAUUUCAAAAGAAAUUUUAUACAUCUACGAAGAGACACGUAAACUUCCUGACAAUAACCCUCCUCCCCCCUCCCCCCGGCCGAAUUUCAGGCGGUAGGGCUGUCCCGCCCUUAUCUA